AUGGCGGAAGAAGUUGCACAGUUGCUUAAGCAACAGAAUCAAAUUUUUGCGUAUUGGGCAGAGAGAAUGGGAAACUUCCAGAUAACCAUUCCGAACUCAUCGUCACCAGCACAUCUAACUUCACAGUCAGUGCCACUACCACCACCACUAUGUUUGGAAGGAGAUAUGGAGGAGAAUUUUACAUUUUUCGAAUCCAAUUGGAAAAAUUAUUCUGUUGCUGUUGGAAUGAAUGAUUGGCCCGAUAGUGAAAACAAGAAGAAAGUCAGUUUUUUGUUAUCGGUUGUUGGAACCGAUGCUCUGAAGCGGUAUUUCAAUUUCGAACUCAGCGAUCAGCAGAAAGCUACACCCGAAGCUGUGUUAGAUGCCAUUAGGGCGAAAGUAGUGUCAGUUCGAAAUAUCAUUGUUGACCGGCUGGAAUUUUUCUCUGCGAUUCAGACACCGACAGAAUCCAUUGACGAAUAUGUGAGCCGUUUGAAAGUGCUGGGAAAACCGUGUCGUUUUGGUACAUUGGAGCAAGAUAUGAUGGUGUUCAAAAUAGUUACAUCAAACAAGUGGUAUAGCUUAAAAGCCAAGAUGCUUACCAUGACUGAUGUUAACUUGUCGAAAGCUAUUGAUUUAUGUCGGAUGGAAGAAAUUACCGCCCGACAUUCGAAACAGUUAUCGUUAGAAGCGCCCGUAGAUGUCAACAAAAUCGUCGACCGGGUUUGCAAGUUUUGCGGUGGACGACAUCCGUUCAAACGUGGAGUGUGUCCAGCUUUCGGGAAACGUUGUGAUAAGUGUGGAGGAAAAAACCACUUCCAAAGAGUCUGCAAGUCGAACGGAUCGUCAUCUAGUAAACCAAAAAGUGGAAGGAAAGUGAAGGCAGUAAUAUCGUCAUCAAGAGCCGAACGCCCAGUUGAUGUAUACGACGCAGAUGAAGAAAAGGAAAUCUGGAUUCAAGAAGAGGAAGAAGCAAUUAUUGGGAAAAUUACGGAUAACUCUGCCAGGGGUGGUGCUGUUCUGGCGGAUUUGUCACUGAAAUUCGGAAACGUGUGGAAGGUUGUUAGCUGUGAGCUAGAUACCGGUGCCAGAGCAAGCAUUAUUGGUAUCGACUGGUUGAAAAAGUUGUCGGGAGGAGCUCAUCCGGAAUUGGAUACGUCAAGGUGCCGCCUACGGGCCUUUAACGGAACAUCGAUUGAAGUACUGGGGCAAAUUAAAGUUUCUUGUCAGCAUAAGAGUAAGCGAUACAGGGUGGUAUUCCAAGUUGUCAACAUGAGUCAUGCACCACUAUUAUCGGUCACUGUGUGUACCACCCUGGGUCUGGUAAAAUUCUGCAAUGCUGUUCAUCGUGACCCAGUUUCUUCGCCAGUAUUGGACCGAUAUCGUGAAGACGCUAGGGCUGUUGUGAAAAACUAUCGUGAUGUGUUCGAAGGCUAUGGGAAGAUGGAAGGUGCCGUCACGCUGGAAAUUGAUGAGUCAGUGAAGCCUGUGAUACAAACUCCCCGUCGUAUUCCUAUUGCCUUUAGGGACGAUUUGCGGCGUAAAAUAGAUCAGCUGGUUAACGAUGGCAUCAUUCAAAAGGAGUCAAAACACACCGAUUGGAAUCACCAAACGAUGUUAUGCUGCCCACAUUUUCUGGAAACACAUCAGUGGAACCGUGUUCAAGCGAGUUCAAUACACCAGGAAGAGUGACCACAAGUCGAGCAUCGAUGGCCGAAAUGAUGACGCACCCGGAGAUUAACAGCCGACCCAAGAGAGAUGUUAAAAUGCCUACUAAGUUCCGAGACUACGUGAUGAAAUGAAUAGUUUUUAUUGUUGCUUGGAUAAAGGGGAAGAUGUUGUAAUCUCUAUAUGUAAUAAUAGUUUGACGUGCCCCUAUGACAUGCAAUUAUGUAUGUGUUGGAUUUUCUUAUAAUAAAGACAG